AUGAUAUAAAAUAUUUAAUAAAUAAUACGAAUUUAUUAAAAAUAUAGAAAUAAAUUAUUAUUAAAUAUUAAUAAUUUUUUUUAUUUGUUAUUUAAUUUAUUAUACAAUAUAUUAAAUAUAAAACCAAAAUUUUAAAUAGAAUUAAUUAAUUUUGAAUUUCAGGGCAUACUUUUUAACAAAUUAUAUAAAAUAAAAUAUUAGGUUAAUAACAUUAUAUUAAUAUAAAACUUAAAUAAAAUGAGCAUAAUAAAAUAAAUAUGUGUAUUUUUUUUUAUAUUAAUCUGUAUAAUUUAUUCUGAAUAAACUACUUGUCAUAAUAACUGCAAAUAUUGUUUAGGUGAUAAAAUAGACUAAUGUGUUUAAUGCCAGCAUGGAUUUUUUUCAUUAAAUAAUGUUAAUAAUCAAUAUUUAAAAUAAUGUUUUUAGUGUCACAUUGAUUAUUGUCAACAAUGUGAUUAAUUUGGAAAUUGCUUUAAAUGUUAAGAAUCAUAUUUUUUAUCUUCUAAUUUAUGUUAUAAAUGUUAAAUUUAAAAUUGUUUAUAAUGUCAAAACAAAUAAAAAUGUUUAAAAUGUUAAGAAGGUUAUACACUAUUUUAAGAUAAUAGUACAUGUAAAUCUAUUGAAAUUUAUUGUUAAAUUGGUUAUUAUUUGAACAAUUAAAGUAUUUGUUAAGUAUGCACAUAGAAUUGUUAAUAUUGUAAUUCUUAAUAUUAAUGUUUUUAAUGUUCUAAUAAAUAUUAUUUUGAUACAUUUGAAUUAAAAUGCUUAAAAUGUUAAGUUAAUUGUAUAUAAUGUAAGCCAAAUGAGAACUAUUGUUUAGAAUGCGAAAAAGAAUACACUUUAAUUAAUGGAAAAUGUAUAAAAAUUUAAACAUAAGAAUGCUAAUUAGGAGAAUUUUUUGAUAAAAAACAAGGUAAAUGCUAAAUAUGUUCAUAAAAUUGUUUAAUAUGUGAUUCAUAAACUAAUUGUUUAGAAUGUUUUGAUGAAGUCAGUUUUUAAAUAAUUUUAAAAAAAUAAAAAAACGAUAAUUGUAAUUUCUUAUUUAUUUAAAAAAUAAAUUUUAUAUUUAUUUUAAUAAAUAAAUAAAAGAAAUUAAAAAUGGUUUAUAUAAAAAUAAUUGAUGUCAUAAUAUUUUAAAAAUUAGGGAAAUUAAUUUACAGAUAAUUUAAAUAAAAAUAAUAGUUUUAUUUUAAAAUAAAUUCAUGA